AUGAGCAGCCCACGCAGAAGAAUCGAGACUGAUGUCAUGAAGAUGUGCGAUUUGCCGACCGACCACCUCCUGCUUGAUAUACUGACCUUUCCCAUAUUCAGAGCUGUUGCGACUAACGCCACGUCAAGUGUAAGACUUAGACCCAUUCGACGACACCCUCCGAUCCUAACCCCACCACCUAGGCAAGAGUUCUACGUUAGAUUUAAGGGCCCUACCGAGACUCCAUUCGAAGGCGGCGUCUGGAAGGUCCAUGUCGAGCUUCCUGACCAGUACCCCUAUAAGUCACCGAGUAUCGGAUUCGUGAAUCGCAUUUUCCACCCCAACAUCGACGAGCUGUCGGGCUCCGUCUGCCUGGAUGUCAUCAACCAGACUUGGUCGCCCAUGUUCGACAUGAUCAACAUCUUUGAGGUCUUCUUGCCUCAACUUCUUCGAUACCCGAACCCGACGGACCCCCUGAACGGCGAGGCGGCUGCCCUGAUGAUAAGAGAACCCAAGAGCUACGACGCUAAGGUCAAGGAGUACGUCCAAAAGUACGCAAGCAAAGAUGCUGCCGACGAAGCCGGCGCCGAGAGCGAAGACGACGACGACAUGUCGUCCGUUGGCAGUUUCGGCGACGAUGACGAGGAACCCGCCGGCCGCCUUGACGAUGUAUGA